GAACAGCAGGGAAAAAAAUAAAUAAAACGCCUCUUUAGCGGUCGUAGUUUUGUUUUCAUGAGAGAAGAUAUUUUAAAUUCAAUAACCUCAUGAGCGGAGUUAAGUUUCAAUUGACUUGUAGCAUUAAGAGGGACGACACCAACUGUCUGGUGUUUUUCAAACAAGAUGGUCAAAGAUUCGAUACGGAGAAGACAAUUAAGAUGAAAGUGCAGACACCCUAUAAAUUUGUACUAACAUUUAAACCACCACAGACGAUAAAGUCAGCUUCAUUGAAGGGUGAAGAUCUGGAGAUGACGGGGGAGGAGUCGACAUCUCUGCACUCACGGUACUCCCUGAAGUGGGUGAGCACAAACAUUCCUGUCACCAAGAAAAAUCGUCGUCUCAACUUUACCCUCAUCAUGGAAGUGCAAAACAUGGGAGUCAUACAAUUACCGUUUCAGUUCAAAUUUUACCGAGCUGAAGACACAACUCAUUCAACAUGGGGGAGGAGUCUCAAUUACAUUGAUUACGACUGUGUCUACAAAGACGGACAAUCAUUUAUAGAAAUCACAAAAGAACUCUUUCGAUGACUCAAGAAAUGAUCCACAUUGAAAACAGUUAUCUAAAAAUGUGCAGAAAAAACUCAAAACAUCUGGAUCGUCGUUUCUCAAUGAAGAAAAAUUAAAAAGUGUUCCAGAAUAAUCCUAUUUCGUAACCACUUUUACUUUGAAAUCUACAUAAAAUUUUGAAUUAAAAAAAAAACAUGAAAUUGAAAUAAUAUAUCUGCCGUACUGAAAUGUAUUGCAACAAAAAACCCUUUUCUAUUAAAUAAAAUUGAAUGCGAUUUAAUUUCGUAAAUUAAACGUA